AUGACUGUUGAUCUUUAUUUACUCACAGCUGGUUCGGCUCUCACCGGUUUGAUAUUCUAUUAUUUUGGCGGAGCUGAAUGGACUUUUUGGCAUUUGUUUACCGUUCCACUUUUUACACUUGUUUUCGUUAUUUUUUCAUCACUCAGUGUUAUUAAACGUUUUAAAUCUUCACCAAAAUCUCCAUCAUCGAAAAAAAUAAUUCCAUUGGAAAAAAAUGGAGUUACAAUUGUUUUUGGUUCCGUUAAAGGAAAUAGUCGAACAUUUGCUCAGUCAACUUAUGAUAAAUUAUCGAAAGAUUUAAAUCGUCAAGUUAUCAUUCAGGAUUUCAAUGAUGUUACUGAUCCAGAAGAAUUUCUUCAAACACAAGCUAAAAAUCAAAGAACAUUGUUAGUAUUUAUUCCAACUUAUGAAGAUGCUACACCACCACCAUCAGCUAAAUGGUUUCUUUUACAUUUACAAGAAGCAGCAACUGAUUUUCGAGUUUCGAAAGGUGAACUUGAAAAGUUAACAUAUGCAAUUUUUGGAUGUGGCAAUUCACUUUAUUUCGAAAAUUUCAAUAAAGUAGCAAAAGAAGUUGAUCGUUGUCUAUCAGAAUUAGGAGCAAAACGCCUUCUACCAACUGAAUUAGCUGAUGAAAAUACAGCAAAGAGUAUUUAUGGAGGUCAGGAAGGACAUUAUUCCAAAUGGUCAUCUAAAUUAAAAUCUGCUUUGGAAACACCAAAAACAGAAAAAUGUGAUUGUUCAAAUGAUACUUCAACAACAACAUGUUGUAAAACAGUAACAAAUGGUGAUCAUUCGAUUAAAAAUGAUGAUAAUAAUAAUGAUGACGAUGAAGAAGAAGAGCCAAGAAUCGAAAGUGAUGAUGACGAUGAAGCUGGAGGAUGCAAAGACGGUAAUGAUGAUAUUAUCGAUUUAGAAGACAUGGGAGAAUAUAUGGAAAAUUCUUCACCAACAAAGACGCCCAAAGGUCCACCUAAAGAAAUGGUUACUCCAUUAAUACGUAAAUCAUUAGAAAAACAAGGUUACAAAUUAAUUGGUAGUCAUUCAGGUGUAAAAUUAUGUCGAUGGACAAAAUCAAUGUUACGAGGACGUGGUGGAUGUUAUAAACAUACAUUCUAUGGAAUUGAAAGUCAUCGUUGUAUGGAAACUACACCAAGUCUUGCAUGUGCAAAUAAAUGUGUUUUUUGUUGGAGACAUCAUUCAAAUCCAGUCGGUACAUCAUGGCAAUGGAAAACAGAUGAUGCUAAAACUGUAACUCAAGGUGCUAUAGAUAAUCAUUAUAAAAUGAUUAAUACAUUCAAAGGUGUACCCGGUGUAUUACCUGCACGACUUGCUGAAGGUAUGAAAAUACGUCAUUGUGCUUUAUCACUUGUUGGUGAACCAAUUAUGUAUCCACAUAUCAAUGAAUUGAUUGAGAUACUUCAUUCAAAACAAAUCAGUUCAUUUCUUGUUACAAAUGCACAAUUUCCUGAUGAAAUUAAAACCUUACAACCAGUUACACAAUUAUAUGUUAGUGUUGAUGCAGCAACAAAAGAAUCAUUAAAGAAAAUUGAUCGACCAUUAUUUCGUGAUUUCUGGGAACGAUUUUUAGCUUGUUUACGAGCAUUGAAAGACAAAGGUCAAAGAACAGUAUAUCGAUUAACAUUAGUAAAAGGUUUUAAUACCGAAGAAAUUGAACAGUAUGCUAAAUUAGUUGAACUUGGUGAUCCAGACUUUAUUGAAGUUAAAGGAGUAACUUAUUGUGGUGAUUCAGGUGCAAGUAGUUUAACAAUGGCUAAUGUUCCAUGGCAUGAAGAAGUUGUAACAUUUGUUCAAGCACUUUGUGAACGUUUACCACAAUAUGAGGUAGCAUGUGAACAUGAACAUUCAAAUUGUCUUUUACUUGCUAAUACUAAAUUUCGUGUUGAUGGUAAAUGGCAUACAUGGAUUGAUUAUGAUCGAUUUCAAGAACUUGUUGCAAGACAUAAAGCAACAUCAGGUGCUGAAACUUUUACAUCAUUAGAGUAUAUGGCUGCCACACCUGACUGGGCAGUUGUUGGUGCAAAUGAACGUGGUUUUGAUCCAAGUGAUACAAGAUGGCAUAGAAAAUCUACAGCAAAAAAAGAUUUGUCCGGUUGUUAA